AUUCUGGGGGACUAUAAAAGUCAGCUCCGACCGGCAAAUGCCAAACAGUCUCGCUUAGCCCUUGCCAGCUGCACUUAAUUGAUUGAGAUGUUCGUCAAACUCCUGCUAAUCAGCCAGCUUCUGGCGCUGAGCUACGCCCAACUGUCGCUCGAUGAGGCUAAAAAACAAGUCGAUGAAUCGGUUUACAGCGAUGAGGAGACUGGCGAUGAUAUGAACCUGCCGGAGACCAAUCAACGUCCCCAGUCCGUGCCACAUCAGCCUCCCCAGUCUGUGCCACAUCAGCCUCCCCAGUCCGUGCCACAUCAACCUCCGCAGAAGCUGCCCCAGCCCCUUCCGCAGUACCAGCCCUAUCAACCUACGCCAUACCAGCCACAACGUCCCUCCCAGUACCAGCCCUAUCAGCCUCAGCCCUAUCAGCCUCAUCAGGGACCCCAGUACGGGGGCUAUUAUCAUGCUCCCAAGAAGGUGACGACCACCACUCCUCAGCCGGAAACCACCACCCCCAAAUUGGAGCAGGAAGGUGAGGGCACCGUUGCUCCGGAUGACGGCUUGGAUCAGCUCGGCGACGACUUGCAGCAAGACAACGAUGGAUCUGCUCUCCCCGAGUCGACCACCACUCCUGAACCGACCACCACCACCACCACCACUACCACCACAACUACGACCACGACGACGCCGAAGCCCACGACUACUCCUGAGCCAACUACGACUCCUGAGCCAACAACUACUCCAGAGCCUACGACGACUAAGAAGCCCCAUAAGCACGAACCACAUGGCUAUUCCCAUCCUCACCCAUUCCCUCAGCCAUACCCUCGUCCGGUCCAGUAUCCCUAUCCAUCCCCCUAUCCUGGAUUAGUGAUCACUCCUGAGGGACCUAAGAUUGCACCACCAUCGGGCACCCCACCCACAAAGGACACCCCCGAACCGAGUGUAUACCCCGGAUAUCCGACCUUCAGAUCGCCCUACGGCUCCUAUCAGCCACCUGUCUUCCACCAGCCACGUAAUUAUCCCAGCUUCCAAGGAUACGGUCCUCGUCCUGGCUUUGGAUACCCUCACAAUCACGAGGAUGACUCCGGAGAGGAUAAGACCAAGGACAAGUCCGGCGAAGGCGAUAAGGAGGAGGAUGUGCCACUGAAGCCACCAGGAUAUGGCUAUCCCCAGGUCUACCUCGUUCCCCGAAGACCAGUGAUCACUGUACCCAGCUAUCCGCGUCCUGGUGGCGGAUACGGUUCGUCCUACGGCUAUGGAGGCUACUAAAUACUCUCCACUGAACACUGUGAAAUUCACCUUUAGUCAAAUCAUUGUUGAAUUAAUAUUAAUUCAUUCUUUAAAUGUACUUCCUAACAUAUUAUUAAAUACUCUUUAAAUUAUAAA